UCUGAAGGCGUUGUAGGGUGCGCCGCUGACUGUUUGAUGUUUACUACGGCGAUACGUUCACAGUUUGCAGUCACAUACUGCAAGCAGAGGACGCGGUAGUUGCAAGCGUAACUAGGACGCUGGCUGGUAAUAGCAUUGGUUUUUCGAGCGGAUACUUUCGUGAGAAUGCUAUGUGUCAUUGUAUCAUUGUGGUAUAAUUAGUAUAUGCAUAUGGUGUGCAGUGAUUUAAAACUUUGUCGCGGCAAUGGUUUGUGAGAACAGGUGCGGUUGCAGUGCUUUCUGCCAACGUUUGUUUUGCCGGGCAAUGCCGCCAGAAUGUAGUGAUAAUGGAGAAGCAAUACCAAUAACAUCGAAUCAGCUUGCUGAAGCGCGUGAUGUCAAAUUUACUCAAAAUUUGAAAGAACCCUUAUCAAUAGGAUCUCAUAUACUAUGUACUGGAACGCCCUCCGACGAUUUACCAUGGUUUGCGGUAAAUAUCGGCUGUGGUGAUUCAGCGACCGGGCGAGGAGAUGUCGCCGUGCAUUUUAACGUGCGUCUUCCGCAGUGCUAUGUUGUUAGAAACACGAGGCGUCACGAUAAGUGGGGAGCCGAAGAGACCACUGCCUAUAGGUUAUUUCCUUUCAAAAUAAAUCGAGCAUUUUCGAUAGAGAUUUUAGUAGACGAAAAAGAAACACUAUGGGCCGUUGAUGGGGAACAUUAUUGCAGCUUCGCACAUAGAAAUCCAAGCGUUCUUAAUGCUGACUGGAUUCAGGUCACUGGUAUUAGAGAUGCCAACUUGAAGAUACAGAAGACUGAUGUCUAUCCUACUUUAGCGCCAGCUCCGCUUGAAAUUCCUAUAAGAGACUGUAUGUCUGCACCAGCUGAUGAUGAACCUAGUUGGAGACCAAAUGUCAUAGCGAGAUUACCGAACGGAAUUCCAGAAGGGUAUCAAGUAGUCAUAACCGGCAGACUGCGGCCGCUGCUGCACUCGUUCGCCGUGGACCUGCUGGACUGCGCGCGCGAGUGGCCGCGCGCCAACAUACACGUGCACGUCAACGUGCGCGCGCACGUCGAGUCGCAGCAGGCGCGCCAGCUCGUCGUGCUCAACACGUGGCUGGGCGCCUGGGGGGCCGAGCGCCGCCAGCGCAGCGCCCGCCUCGUGCCGGGGACGGAGACAACGCUGCGCAUCGUGCGCGGGGGGGACGAGUGGGCGGUGUUCACGGACGACGUGCUGGUGGGCGAGCUGGAGAUGCGCGCGGCGGCGGCGGGCGUGCGCGCGCUGCGCCUGCGCGGGGACCUCUACCCGCGGCGCCUGCUGCUCUGCCCGCUCGCCGGCACCCCCACCGAGAACGUAUAGACCGAUGCCUUAAUACCGCACUGCUAUUGGACGGAUAUAAAAAAAAACAUUAAAAUUAAAAAGAAAAAAAAAACAAUUUAAUAUAUUACAACAAUUUUUGGAAAACUUUGAAUGUGGCUUGAGAUCUGUUAUUAGUGACAUAAGUUAAAAUGAAAUUAAUCAUGCGCUUACUUAUCAUGUUGUAUUAAGGACUCGAUAUAUCGGUGCAUCAACAGUAUAUGUAUUUAUUCAAAUCAGU